AUGUCGAAAAAGGGAGGCGCCGCGGUCGACCAGAUUGUCAAGCUCAUAGUCGGGGCUGGGCAGGCCAGUCCAAGCCCGCCCGUCGGUCCUGCGCUGGGUAGUAAGGGUGUCAAGUCAAUGGACUUUUGCAAGGAGUUCAACGCACGAACAGCACACAUUGUCGUCGGCACGCCCAUGCCCUGCCGCGUCACCGUCCGCCCCGACCGAUCAUUCCACUUUGACGUCCGCACACCCCAGACCGCCUGGCUGCUCAAGAACGCCGUGGACGCGCCGCAAGGAAAAAAGGGCCUCAAGGCCGCCAGCAAGCCCGGCCACGAGACGAUUGGUACCAUCAGCCUGAAGCACGUGUACGAGAUUGCCAAGAUCAAACAGACCGAGAUGCGCCUGUCGGGGCUGUCGCUCAAGGGCAUGUGCCGCGCCAUCAUACAUCAGUGCAAGUCAAUGGGCAUUGGCGUUGUGGCGUGA